GGAUACCACUUCGUCUUGAUUCAACCAAAAUACCACACGUCGCUGAUCUAUCCUGAGAGCUACUUUCUCACAUAAGAUAGUACCAAAACUAGCAUUAUCCCCACUACGCAUAUAUUCUGAAUACCCACUUGUCGACGUCACUUUGACAGUCAAAAUGUCAAUCAUAUGGUGGCGCGGUAAAGAUACUUGGCACCAUAAGCAAGCAGACCAUAAGCGGACCAGCUUCCUCCUUAUUCUUUGGGAGAAUCGAUAAAGCUUUUCUCUUGCAGAAGAAAAGAACGAAAGCAAAAGAAGAUUAGGUGCAUUCACACAGGAUUUCCAAACUGUGUAGUGACCAUUCCAGAAAUUGAUUUGGAUUAUUAAAAGGCGAUGGCCGAAUAUACAUCCACUAUCGAAGGCUUCCAGCGCGCCAUGGAAUGGAGUCUUACGGGUCCAUCUGCUGAAGCAAAGAUCUAUGCAGAAGCCACCGCACUUCCUACAUUCUAUCAUGUGAUGAACGGACAGAAAUUAGAUGUUGAGAAUUUUGUCAAGGGGAUUGAGGAGUGGAGGGGGAAGAUUAGUGCCGAUCAAUUCCUCCGCGAUGGAGAAAGGUUGGCAGCGCAUAUGACGGGGACGGUCAAAGUUGAUGGGGUGGAUAUGGAAUUUGAAAGUUUUAUGUUUGGGAAGGUGGAUGGGCAGAGUGGGAAGUUGGAGUGGUUGCAAGAGAGGAGUGUUUGGGGACCGAGGGGGGGAGCACCGGAGCAUGGCGUUCGUUAGAGGGUGGAUUGGGUUGGAUGAUUGGAUUGUGUGUAGAGCGUGUUGAAUGUGAGAAUGGAUGGAUUAGCUUUUUCAGCUGGUUUUUGUGCGAUGAUGGAUGCGUGGCUCGAUUGUGGCUGGAUACUCAACCUUGAUUAGUUAGCUAGAACGAUAUAUCUCCCAUGCGAAAUUUUACUACACAUUCUCACCCGCUUCUCAUAUAAAUCAAUGUUAGAGA